GCCGCCGCGUCACUCCUCGCCGUCGCCAUGAGAGCCGCUUGCUUCUUCACCGCCGCCGCCGCCGCGCUCCCCCUUCCUUCCACCUCGGCCUCUGCGUGCUGUCAGCGGAGGCCGCCCGCCGCGCCCCUCUGCUCCCGGCCUCGCCGCCUCGUGGGCGGCGGCGGCGGCGUGGUCAGGGCGCUCGACGAGCGGCUGGUCGAGGCCGCGCCGCCGGCGGAGACCGAGGUGGAGGAGCCUGGCGUUGCUGAUGGAGGCGGAGAAGGGGAGAGACAGGGCGAGGAGUUGGGACCGUCGGGGAAGCGGGAGGGGGAGGAAGAGGAGGAGCAGCCGGCGACGGCUCCCGUGAGGACCAGGCGGCGGCAGCCGGAGGAGGAGGAGGAGGAUGCGCCGGGGCACGACCGGUUCAAGCUCAUCAACGGCAAAGAGAUAUUUCAAGAGAAGGCAUACCUGGUUGGAGUAGAGUGCAAGAGGACUGGAGGAAGUAUAUUCAGUAUAGAGGAAUCACUUGAGGAGCUGGAGCAGCUAGUUGACACUGCGGGGCUCAUGGUUGUCGGCUCAACCUAUCAAAAGCUUUCUACCCCAAAUCCAAGGACUUAUAUUGGCUCAGGCAAGGUUGCUGAAAUCAAGAGUGCAAUUCAUUCCCUUGAUGUUGAAACUGUGAUUUUCGAUGAUGAGUUGUCCCCUGGACAAUUGCGUAACUUGGAGAAGUCAUUUGGUGGGGGUGUUCGAGUCUGUGACAGGACUGCUCUUAUUCUGGACAUCUUUAAUCAAAGGGCAGCAACACACGAAGCUGCUCUACAGGUCACCUUGGCGCAAAUGGAAUAUCAGCUUCCAAGGUUGACAAAAAUGUGGACUCAUCUUGAACGACAGUCAGGAGGUCAAGUCAAGGGUAUGGGUGAGAAACAAAUUGAAGUUGACAAGCGCAUCUUGAGAACACAAAUAAGUGCUUUGAAGAAAGAAUUGGAAUCUGUCCGAAAACAUCGAAAGCUGUAUCGCAACCGUCGCCAAUCGGUGCCUAUUCCUGUUGUUUCUCUGGUGGGAUAUACAAAUGCUGGAAAAAGUACAUUGUUGAACCGCUUAACUGGAGCUGACGUACUUGCAGAGGAUAAAUUAUUUGCCACACUGGAUCCGACAACAAGAAGGGUUUUGAUGAAGAAUGGUACUGAAUUCCUCCUAACAGAUACUGUCGGAUUCAUUCAAAAACUACCUACUAUGCUGGUGGCAGCAUUUAGAGCAACAUUGGAGGAGAUAUCAGAAUCAUCAGUAAUAGUUCAUCUUGUAGAUAUCAGUCAUCCAUUAGCUCAAGAGCAGAUAGAUGCUGUUGACAAAGUGUUGAAGGAGUUGGAUAUAGAAUCAAUUCCUAAGUUGGUCGUGUGGAAUAAGAUUGACAAUACUGAUGACACGUUGAGAGUGAAAGAGGAAGCUGAGAAACAAGGGAUAAUCUGGAUAUCAGCUAUCAAUGGUGAUGGUUUGGAGGAUUUCUGCAAUGCAAUCCAAGCAAAACUGAAAGACUCACUGGUUCCAAUAGAAGCUUUUGUUCCAUACGACAAAGGAGAGCUCCUUAGUGACAUACAUAAGGUUGGAAUGGUUGAGAAAACGGAGUACAUGGAAAAUGGUACCUUUGUGAAAGCACAUGUGCCUCUGCCUCUUGCAAGGCUUCUCACGCCGCUGCGGCAACAGGUGGUGGCCGCUCUAUAAUGUGCAACCUCCUGUACCGCUUUUCGUCAUUAUUUGUGUUGGCAACCACAGAAUCUGGCGGUCUUGUAGUACAGAAUUAAACCCAGAGAUAGAUUUUUCUUGCCUUCUGUUUGACCUGUGUAGAAAGAGCAUCAUCACAAGAUUUUAGAUGAGUUAGACACUUAGCUGUAAAACAGUAUAGUAUCAAUUUUAUUACUGUAAAUAUUCUUUUCGCAGAAAUUCACACUUGCCUAGCAGUCCAUAAAAA